CUGGAAGCUCGACAGCUCGGAAGCUGCUGAUCGACCAUGACGCCGGCCGCGAUCCCAACACAGUCGCGAAGAUGAUGCCCCGGCAACCCUAUGCGCCUACACCGCAUAGCUAUAUUCCCAAUACGACGCUCUCAGCGACCAUCAAUCUCGAUGAGGAGGUCAAGUUAGCCGACACCCGCGCCGAGCGCGACCUGCAGGAUUCUCUUGCCGAGAUAUUCAGCAUCAUUGUCACUCUCGAUGAGCUCGAAAAAGCCUUCCUCAAAGAUGCCAUCCCCGAAGCCGACUAUACCGAGAUUUGCGAGCGGUCUCUGAAGCAGUACAAGUCUAUCCUGGCCGACGAGACUGUGGCCAAGGCAUUUCGUGGCCUGGAGGAAUUCAAGGCAGAGUGGGAUCUCGAAGUCCCCCGCGCAACGGAGCGCAUCCGAGUCGGCAUGCCUUCAACAACCGUCACCGCCUCCUCGAGCGCCGCCCCGGCCCCGUCGGCCGCCGGUAACACGAGCGGCACUCUUAUCCUGGAGGCGACGCAGGAGUUCAUCACCUUCCUCGAUGCCGUCAAGCUGGGCCUGCUUUCCAAGGACCAGCUGCACCCCCUGCUCUCCGACGUCAUCCAGUCGGUCAACAAGGUGACGGACCGUGACUUCGACAGCAGGGGCAAGAUCGUGCAGUGGCUCAUCACGCUAAAUCAGAUGAAGGCCACGGACGAGCUGAGUGAACAACAGGCUCGCGAGCUCGAGAUGGAUAUCCAGCAGGCCUACCAGGGGUUCAAGAGUACUCUGACGUAGGAAGACGGAGCUAUCGAGCGGGAAUGUUGUGUUGCUCUGUUGAGAUGAGGAUGGAUGCCAAAGUAAAGCGAAUUCGCAUCAUCUGCUUUCCUUACUUUUGUUUUCUUUUCCCUACCGUAUUUGCCUGCCCUUUGAACCCCUAAUGACCAACCAUGCUUUUCAUGCCUCGUGAAGUGUACCGCAGUGAAGCC